AAUAAACAACUGCACGAAAAUUCGCUAAAUAACUUUUUUGUUGUAUAGGUAUGUCUUUUUUUUAUCUAAGUCCGGUGAAAGGCGACUUACAAAUAUAUUUAUUGGAAACAAUAGUUAUCAAGAGAUUGGAAUUUUUAAAGACUGUAUUUAAAAGGCAAAACAUCGCUUACAACGAAUAUGUUGUUGAAGGAAGUGUGUACGAUGUUGUUGGUCAUUACAUGCUUUGUAUUAUAGUUAUCUUAGAAAAUAACUCAGAAUUUACGCAAUUUUUCAUUAAAGCUGAAGAAUCAUUGUUUAGACACAGAUUGGAGACACUCUCUGCCUAUGAUUUGAGAUGUUUUGCUAAAAAACUUCUUCGUAUUAUUAAAAAACAUCCAACAAAUUUACAUUUUCUUGAUUCUCUCAGCUCACUUUGUCAACAUUUAAUAUUAAAACAUGUUGCACAACAUUUCUGUUCCGAUGCAUGUGCUGAAAGUUGUUCCUUACAUUCAAUAAAAGUACAUUUUAAAGAUUGUCUCACAUUUAUAGCUAAGAGGCAAGUUGAAGUGCAAAAUGGCAUAGCUUAUAUUCCUUGCAGUAAAUGGAAGAUUUAUUUAAUACUAUUAUUUAAAGACAAUCUAAGAAAUAGAUUGGCUAAAACAAAUUUACAUAGCCUACAAAAUGAUCCAAGAAUAGCCGACAUCGUUAGAUUAGUCAGAAAAGAAAUACUAACUUUAAAUAAACCCAAUAAUAAUAUUUUAAGAAGUAAUGAAGUUGAUGAUUUUUCCAAACUCUUUCCCCCAUGUAUGCUUAAUUUGCAUCAAAAUCUACGAAACAAACACAGAUUAUCACACAAUCAGAGAUUUUCUUAUAGUUUAUUUUUAAAAGAUAUUGGAAUGCCGGUGGAUGAAGCAGUAACAUUUUGGAGAAUCGAAUAUGAACAAGUUCCUAAUGGUAAACAUAAAUGUUGCCACAGUUGGAAAAACGAUGAAAAGAAAUUUAUUUAUGGAAUAAGGCACUUAUAUGGAUUAGAGGGUGGUAAAAAAAUGUAUUCAUCUGGAAGCUGCUUACGUUUACAAGGAUUUACAGAAGGUGGCUGCCCAUUCAAAUCUUUUGACAAUGAAGCAAUGUUACAACUAUUAGAUAUAAAAGAAAAUGAUCCCUCAUUGUCACAAAUUAAAAAACUUCAAGCACAAAGUCAAUACACUUCUGCUUGUGUAUUGUAUCUCAAAAAGAGAUUUCUCUCCGUUUCAAAUUCUUUCUGUGAUAGUAGCUUUAAUUUUAGUCCUGUUAAAUAUUAUUUUGCAACAAAAUAUAAAAAUUCAUGAUAUUGUAUAUAUUUAAUUAAAGACA